UUGUUGUUAUCGCAACCUUACGCAGAGCGCAGCCAUUGCCCAACACUCCAACAGCCAUUUUUUGUUUUUCCAUUGCUUCCUCGGCUCCUGCCUCCACGCCCCAGCCAGCCGCUCCAUCACUCCAUCAGAACUCUUCAUCGAAGAUUUGCAGAUUCGCGGCCUCCACCGCCUUUACCGACCACCGUCGUCCGGCUAUUCUCCUCCGUGGCUCCGUCCGUUCACCAUUAGCCUCUGAUUUGUAUAUGCUAAUUGAAUACUUAUUCAAAAUAUUUUAAAACUGGGAAUUGAAGCUGCUAGUCUCUCAAGUAUUGAAGAUCUAGAGCUGUAGUGGGUUGAAAUGAUUGGUGGUGCUGGUGUUCGACUCAAGGGGUGGCAGCAGGCUGCAGUUGCCCUUGGUUCAGCAGUGGGGGCGUUGUUGGACCCUCGAAGAGCUGACCUUAUUGCAGCUUUGGGGGAGACUACUGGAAAACCCGCUUUUGAAAGGGUUCUGCAAAGGAUGAAGAAUAGUCCUGAGGGCAGGGCAAUCUUGUUGGAGCGGCCUCGCGUAAUUUCUUCCAAAGUGAGUCACGCGUGGGAUCUACCAGACAACACAUUCGGAGCAGCAUACGCCAAGUUUAUGGGAUCUCGGAACUUCUCUCCUGAUGAUCGCCCCCCUGUCCGAUUCAUGGAAACCGAAGAAUUAGCGUACGUGGCCAUGCGUGCCCGUGAGGUUCACGACUUCUGGCACACCCUCUUCGGUCUUCCUACCAACUUGAUCGGAGAAACAGCGCUUAAGGUUAUUGAGUUUGAACAAAUGAUGCUCCCCAUGUGUAUGAUGUCCGUGGUAGGGGGUACCGCAAGGUUCAGCGAGAAACAAAGGAGAUUGUUCUAUCAGCAUUACUUCCCUUGGGCUAUGAAGGCGGGUUUAAGAUGCACUGACUUGAUGUGUGUGUAUUACGAGCAACACUUUAGCGAGGAUUUGGAGGAUUUUCGCCAGAGACUGGGGAUUAUUCCUGCCCCUCCCCCUCCUAGACCAAACUAUAUGUGAAUUGUUGAAAAUGAGGGAUUUUUGUGUUUGUUUUGUUUUCUCUUCAUUUUCGCUUUGUUAUCUUAGCACUGGUAAGAACUAAGAAGUUGUGCAUAAAAGAACUAGAAGUGAAUGGCAAGCUAUAGGAAUGCCACCAUCACUACAUCUGCACUUUCUGUUACUGUAAUAUUCUCAUUUAUCAUCUUAAUUAGAAUUUUUUUAAGUAA